AUGAAUCCGCCAUUGAACCUGGCUCUAAAGAACCUGUGUGAGGCCUUCAUACAGGAGAGGAGUCAGAGAGCUUCAGCUGGGUCUGAGGUACAGGAGGGGAGUCAGAGAGCUUCAUUUGGGUCUGAGGUACAGGAGGGGAGUCAGAGAGCUUCAGCUGGGUCUGAGGUACAGGAGGGGAGUCAGAGAGCUUCAUUUGGGUCUGAGGUACAGGAGAGGAGUCAGAGAGCUUCAGCUGGGUCUGAGGUACAGGAGGGGAGUCAGAGAGCUUCAUUUGGGUCUGAGGUACAGGAGGGGAGUCAGAGAGCUUCAGCUGGGUCUGAGGUGCAGGAGGGGAGUCAGAGAGCUUCAUUUGGGUCUGAGGUGCAGGAGGGGAGUCAGAGAGCUUCAUUUGGGUCUGAGGUACAGGAGGGGAGUCAGAAAGCUUCAUUUGGGUCUGAGGUACAGGAGGGGAGUCAGAGAGCUUCAUUUGGGUCUGAGGUACAGGAGGGGAGUCAGAAAGCUUCAUUUGGGUCUGAGGUACAGGAGAGGAGUCAGAGAGCUUCAUUUGGGUCUGAGGUACAGGAGGGGAGUCAGAGAGCUUCAUUUGGGUCUGAGGUACAGGAGAGGAGUCAGAGAGCUUCAUUUGGGUCUGAGGUACAGGAGGGGAGUCAGAGAGCUUCAUUUGGGUCUGAGGUACAGGAGGGGAGUCAGAAAGCUUCUGCAGGGUCUGAGGUGCUCUGCAGUCUGCACGGUGAGAAAUUCAAACUCUUCUGUUUGGAGGAUAAACAGCCCGUCUGUGUGGUGUGUCAGACCUCAAAGAAACAUAAAUCUCAUGUCUGUGUCCCUGUAGAUGAGGCUGGACAGGAUUAUAAGGAGGAACUGCAGACUGCCCUGAAGCCCUUAAAGGAGAAGAAGAAGGUCUUCAAUAAAGUUAAACUAACCUGUGAUCAAACAGCAGAGCACAUUACUAGCCAGGCCUUGCACACAGAAAAGCAGAUUAGGAAAAAGUUUGAGAAGCUUCGCCAGUUUCUACAAGAGGAAGAGGAGGCCAGGAUAGCUGCACUGAGGGAGGAAGAGGAGCAGAAGAGUCAGAUGAUGAAGAAGAAGAUUGAAGAGAUGAGCAGAGAUACAUCGUCACUUUCAGACACAAUCAGAGCCAUAGAGGAGGAGUUGAAAGCUGAAGACAUCUCAUUCCUGCAGAACUUCAAGACCACAAAGGAAAGAGCCAAGUGCACACUGCAGGAUCCACAACUGGUCUCAGGAGCUCUGAUAGACGUGGCCAAACACCUGGGCAACCUGCAGUUCAGAGUCUGGGAGAAGAUGCAGGGGAUCCUCAAAUACACUCCCGUGAUUCUGGACCCCAACACAGCUUCCCACUGGCUCUCUCUGACUGAUGAUCUGACCAGUGUGAGAUACACAGGCACAAAACAGCAGCUCCCUGACAACCCAGAGCGAUUAAUGAAGUAUAUAGAUGUUCUGGGCUCUGAGGGGUUUAGCUCAGGGAAACACCGCUGGGAGGUGGAGGUGGGGGACCACACUCACUGGCUUCUGGGCGUGGCUAAAGAGUCCCUUGACAGGAAGGGGGAACGGGAUGCAUCACCACAGCAUGGGAUCUGGUGUAUAGAGCAGCAGAGUGGUAAAUAUAAAGGAGGAGGAGGAGGCGUCAUCACUCUGAAGAGGAGACCCCAGAGGAUCAGAGUGCAGCUGGACUACGACAAGGGGGGAGGUGUCCUUCUACGACCCCAAAGACAUGACACUCAUCUACACUCUUAA